AUGAGUGACGUUGUUGCCAUCCGAUUUACAGCGUUCCACCUGGAGUACAACAGUAACUGUGGCUAUGACUCCCUCGUUGUGCAUGAUGGUCCAGACGCUACUGCUCCUGUGCUUGCCACCCUUUGUGGUUCGUCAGCUAGAACAGUCACCACCACUGGGAACAGCGCCUUUCUAGUCUUCACCAGUGAUGGUUCAGUGACGAGGUCUGGGUUCGUUGCUAACUUCACUGCUGAGGAUCCACCACGAACAUGCACUCCUGAGGAGUUUACAUGUUGGAAUGGAGACUGCGUCGACCUGACCCUUACCUGUGACGGCACCAGACACUGUUCUGAUGGAAGUGAUGAAAUCAUCUGUUCUAACGUUGGCUCCAAGUGCGGUGUUCCAGCUAUACAGCCGACCCUCCCCGUAGCCCGUAUCGUCGGUGGUUACGCUGCCCUCCCGGGAAGCUGGCCCUGGCAGGUCUACUUGUUACGGUUCGGCUCAUUCCGCUGCGGCGGUAACCUCAUCCACCCCCUCUGGGUCCUAACCGCCGCCCACUGUGUCGACACUAGUCCAUCGCCAAGUAACUAUAUCGUCAUCCUGGGAAAGUACCGCAAAUACAGUACCGAUUCAACAGAACAACGUCUGCAGGUCUCAAAGGUUAUCGUUCACAGUGGAUACAGCAGGAACCCGACCAAUAAGGACCUGGCCUUACUGAAGCUGGCCCAGCCGGCGACGCUGAACCAGUACGUGUGGCCCGUCUGUCUGGCCUCGGGCCCAGGAGCCGACCCUCCCGCAGGGACCCACUGCGUCAGUACGGGGUGGGGAAGUACCAAAGGGACAGGAAACGAUUUCGUCCUGAAGCAAGCCAGUUUCCCGUUGGUCAGCAAUGAGAGAUGUGACGACUCCUCUAUUUAUGCCGGACAGGUCACGGAGUUUAUGAUCUGCGCGGGUUACUAUGACGCGGGGGGCCAUGGAACCUGUUCUGGUGAUUCCGGAGGCCCCCUUGUGUGCUCUACCGGAGGGAAGUGGACCCUUCACGGGGUGACGAGCUGGGGGGCGACCGACUGCGCCUCGCCCGGACACCCCGGGGUGUACGCCCGCGUCAGCGCCAUGCGCGGCUGGAUAGACCAAACCAUGGACGACAACUGAAGGAAAAUGGUUUUAUUCUAUUUUAAAUCAAUUGUAGCAGCACAAAACAUUGGCCACCCAGGCAGCAUGGCUGAUUUCGGGUGCCAAACCAUACAAAGAUUAAACAUACACAAUAUAACAUACUAAUACAGUAAACU